CUUUCUCAGGGCCUCUGAAAUUACCAAUUCAUUCCCAUAUGAAUUUGUCAGUGUUGGAUAUCUCAGACAAUUUCUUCCAAGGCUACAUCACACCAGAGAUAGGAACAUAUAUGGCAAGAUUGAUAUAUGUAAACAUGUCGGGAAAUGGUUUCAGUGGUAGCAUUCCUUCUUCACUUGGAAAUAUGAGCUUGUUGGAAUAUUUAGAUUUAUCCAACAAUAGAUUGUCAGGUAAUAUAACAGAGGACUUAACCAUUGGUUGUGUCUCAUUGAUAGAACUCAUACUUUCAAACAACAGUUUGCAAGGCCAAAUAUUUUCUGAAACCUCUAACUUAAGGUUUCUGUAUGAGUUACAAUUGGAUGGCAAUCAAUUCACUGGCAGCAUUCCACAUAGCUUGUCUGACAGCUCCUUUUUACGAGUGUUGGAUCUUAGUCAUAACAACUUAUAUGGUACAAUCCCAAGGUGGCUGGGGAACAUGUACUUUCUUCGCGUUUUGGAUCUUUCAAUGAAUAAUAUCUCUGGAAGUCUACCAUCUAACUUGUUCUCUUCAAAUAUACGAGAAAUUUAUUUGUCUAGAAAUGAGCUACAAGGAUCUUUGGAGGAUGCAUUUUAUGGUUGCUAUGAGCUAAAUGUGUUAGAUUCGGACCAUAAUCAUAUGACUGGAAGCAUUCCAUCAUGCCACAAUUUGAGAGUAAUGGACAUCAGUUACAAUCACCUCUUUGGUAAGAUUCCGAAUUGGAUCAGGAAUAUGUCUUCUCUUCAAAUUUUGGAUCUUUCACAGAACAACAUUUCUGGAAGUUUACCAUCCAAUUUCUGUCCAAGAGAUUUAACAGAAGUCCAUUUGUCUAAAAAUAUGCUGCAAGGAUUGUUAAAGGAUUCAUUCUAUAAUUGCCCUUUAUUGGUGGUUUUAGAUCUUAGCCAUAAUAAUUUGAUUGGAAGAACUCCAAAAUGGAUUGGAGAGAUUCCAUUGGGCUAUAUUCUCUUGAGUCAUAAUCAUUUUGAAGGUGAAAUCCCAAUUCAGCUAUGCAAGUUGGAUAAGUUAAGCUUGAUUGAUCUUUCUUAUAACAAUCUUUCUGGUCAUAUUCCUCAUUGCCUAAGAUGCAGCAGUAAUUAUUGGUAUAGGCAACAAGAAGCUUUACUCGAUCCUCCUACCACUGCUUUAGCUCCAAGUGUUGCUUAUUCUCCUGACGUACAACCCGAACAGCCAGUAGAGUUUACAACCAAGAACUCUUCUUAUUUUUACCAACCAAGCAUCCUUCACUAUUUCUCUGGAAUUGAUCUCUCUUGUAACAAUUUGACUGGUGAGAUUCCUCCUGAAUUAGGAAAGCUCGACAUGAUCAAGGUAUUAAAUCUUUCCCACAACAAGUUGAUUGGAGCAAUCCCACCCACAUUUUCAAACCUAAGGCAAAUUGAGAGCUUGGAUCUUUCUUAUAACAAUUUGGAAGGGAAAAUUCCUCCUCAACUUACUCAGCUAUAUUCUCUAGCUGUAUUCAAUGUAGCACACAACAAUCUAUCUGGCAAAACACCUGAGAGGGUUGCACAAUUUGCAACAUUUGACCAGAGUAGCUACGAGGGAAAUCCUUUCUUGUGUGGACUGCCACUGCCGAAUAAUUAA